GGCGAGAGAGCUCGGGCCGCAGCCAUAUAGGAGCCAGCGUCCGGGCCGGCAGAGCGGCGUCGGCGGGGUUGGCCGGGGCGGCGGGGCGCUAGAGCCUGGGCGGGCGGGCCGAGGGCCGGGGUCGAGGCCGGGGAUCGGGUGACUGGCGGGCUGAGCUCCCGCCCCCGCGCAAGGCCGGGGAGUAUGCGGCCGGGGGCUCCGGGGCGGGGCGGGCGGCGGCGGCUGCAGCGCUAGCGGCGCAGGGGGUGGGCGGCGGCGGCAUGAGGCGCGGGGCCGGCGCCCGCGGGAGGGAGGCGCUGCCGGCGGCCCGGCCGCUCCCGCUGCAGCUGCUCGCCGGGCUCGCCGUGCCCCGCUUGCGGGGUCCCGGACGCUCUCGUCCCGGCCGCCGCCCGGGCCGCCCGUGGUGACCAUCCGCCGCGCCGCCCGAGGCUUCACCCGCGCCCUCCCCCAGGGCGCGCCCGCGGAGCUCCGGCCCCAUCGCCUGCUCGCGGAGGCCGCGCCGGGCGGCGGCGAGGCCGGAAGAUGGCCUGGGUGCUCAAGAUGGACGAGGUGAUCGAGUCCGGGCUGGUGCACGACUUCGACGCCAGCCUCUCGGGCAUCGGGCAGGAGCUGGGCGCCGGCGCCUACAGCAUGAGCGAUGUCUUGGCAUUGCCCAUUUUUAAGCAGGAAGAUUCCAGCCUUCCGUUGGAUGGUGAGACUAAACACCCACCCUUUCAGUAUGUGAUGUGCGCCGCCACCUCGCCAGCCGUCAAACUGCACGACGAGACGCUCACUUACUUGAACCAAGGUCAGUCUUAUGAAAUUCGGAUGCUGGAUAAUCGGAAAAUGGGAGAUAUGCCCGAGAUUACUGGAAAAUUGGUAAAGAGCAUCAUAAGAGUUGUAUUCCAUGACAGACGGCUGCAGUACACAGAGCAUCAGCAACUCGAAGGCUGGAAGUGGAAUCGCCCAGGAGACAGACUUCUCGAUUUAGAUAUUCCAAUGUCUGUGGGAAUAAUUGACACCAGGACAAAUCCAAGCCAGUUAAAUGCGGUUGAAUUUCUGUGGGACCCUGCAAAGCGCACGUCUGCUUUCAUUCAGGUGCACUGCAUCAGCACAGAAUUCACUCCCCGGAAGCACGGAGGCGAGAAGGGAGUGCCUUUCAGGAUCCAGGUGGACACCUUUAAGCAGAACGAAAACGGAGAAUACACGGAUCAUCUACACUCAGCUAGCUGCCAAAUCAAAGUGUUUAAGCCUAAAGGUGCGGACAGGAAACAAAAAACGGACCGAGAGAAGAUGGAGAAGAGAACCGCUCACGAGAAGGAAAAGUACCAGCCGUCCUACGACACCACCAUCCUCACGGAGAUGAGGCUUGAGCCUAUAAUUGAAGAUGCAGUUGAACAUGAGCAGAAAAAGUCCAGCAAGCGGACUUUGCCAGCAGACUACGGUGAUUCUCUGGCAAAGCGAGGCAGUUGCUCUCCGUGGCCCGAUACCCCCACAGCCUACGUGAAUAGCAGCCCUUCCACAGCGCCCGCCUUCACCUCCCCACAGCAGGGCACAUGCAGCGUCCCAGACAGCAAUUCUUCUUCCCCAAAUCAUCAGGGAGAUGGAGUUUCACAGCCCUCUAGUGAACAACUUCAGCCUUCAGCCACGAUCCAGGAAACACAACAAUGGCUGCUCAAAAACAGAUUCUCUUCUUACACAAGACUGUUUUCCAAUUUUUCAGGUGCCGACUUACUAAAACUGACAAAGGAGGAUUUAGUACAAAUUUGUGGUGCAGCCGAUGGCAUUCGGCUCUAUAAUUCACUCAAGUCAAGGUCGGUGAGGCCCCGCUUGACCAUCUAUGUCUGCCAGGAGCAGCCGAGCGGCUCCCCGCUGCAGGGGCAGCAGCUGGCGGGCGGCGGAGGCGAGGGCAGCGGCGGGACACCCUACGUUUAUCAUGCGAUCUACUUGGAAGAAAUGGUUGCUUCAGAAGUUGCUCGAAAACUUGCAUUGGUGUUUAAUAUUCCUUUCCACCAAAUUAACCAGGUCUACAGACAGGGUCCCACCGGUAUUCACAUUCUUGUUAGCGACCAGAUGGUUCAGAACUUUCAAGAUGAGAGUUGUUUUUUAUUCUUCACAGUAAAAGGUACUUUGCAUGAGUGCAUGUGUCUCAAAAUGCUGGAAUCAUGAAAGCGUGUGCCUGUAAUCGGUUGUCCUCUUGUGUGGUUACUUUUGAAAAUGCUGGCUUUAAGAGUUUUAAGAAGAUUUAUAAAAACGAAUCAAGAGUAUUUCCAGUGGUUGUAAGGGAAACUAGCAAAUAAGGAAAAGGAGUCAGUCCUAGAUUAUUAGGGAAAAAAAACUUCAGCCACAUUUUACUGAGCACCUUGUAUCAGACAGCUUUUGGUGCUAGAAAGGUCUUGACCAAAGCAGACUCAUGGAACUCCUAGCGGAAAGCAAACCAGAAUUGGCCGACAGGUGCGCAUCAUUACGAAAUCUCGUAGGUGCCGUGACGGAGUGGGAAAGUAGGGGUGCUUGUGUUUUGGGAGGAGCUGGGUUGGGGAACAUGGAGGAGCGGCUGGGCGAGGGGGUGUCGUGUCCAUAAUGCUGAGACUGAGCAGUGAGGGGAGCUGCCCGCCUGGGGAACCCCCCAAGGCGAUGUGAGGGUGCGUGCGAACCUGAGAGAAGGCCGCGCAGUGUGAGAGGCCCGUGAACCAGGUGGAGCCAGAGUGGGAGGUGUCGGUCGGGUGUGUAGGACCUGGGCACGGCAGAUUUGGUUUGAAACGUAUUGGGAAGUCGGUGAAGUUGUUUAAACAAAGGAGUAUUUGUGUAAAUGCAGUUUGGUUUUUCUUCCACUCUUGCAUCUCUGGAGACAUGAGAAUGGGGCGAAGCUGGAGGCAGGAGAGGUCACCUGAGUCUGACACAUUUAUGGGCAGGGCCCUGCUGGGCUCUACACUGGGGGAGGGGCAGUUGUGGCUCCUGUAAGAGCCGCUGGGCAGACAGACUGUGGUCCCAGGAGAGAGGCAGGAGUGACUGCAGGGAAGCGGUUAAGAGUCCCGUUUUAGGUGUGCCGGGAAGGUCAACUUGGCAGUGAUUUGUCCCCGUCUGGGGCUGGCAGGAGAGGCUUGGACUUGAGAUGUAAUUUGGAAGCCUUCGGCACAUCAGCAGUGGCUGCAAGCUGUGGAAAGGAUUGCGGUCAUUUAGGGAAAGGAUAUGGACGAGGGCCUGGAGGGGGCUCAGGUGAGUUCCACCUGGGGGGUUAAAGGAGGGGAUUUUUGGUUUGUUUUUUUUUUAAUGUUUGUUUAUCUUUGAGAGAGACAGACAGAGUGUGAGCAGGGGAGGGGCAGAGAGAGAAGGAGACACAGAAUCGGAAGCGGGCUCCAGUCCCCGAGCUGUCAGCACAGAGGCCGACGCGGGGCCCGCACUCACCAGGCAUGAGAUCGUGACCUGAGCUGAAGUCAGAUGCUCAACCCGCUGAGCCACCCAGACGCCCAGGAGGGGAUUUCUAAAUGCAAAAUGAUAGUAUGUGAAGAAGAGGCUUUUAAAAUAAGUCUGGUGGGUUAAGAUCUAAACCCAGCCUUAGCUGUAUCCCGGAGAGCCGAGAUUUCCUGUGUCCCCCUUUCCUGGAAGUCACUCCUGCAGGGACAGUCCACGCCAGCACCGAAGGGAUGACUUCGCCUGUGCUGGUGCCUUGCGUUUGCCGUCAGCCACCGCCAGGGUAGCCUGAACCAGGCCGGCUCGCUCCAUCGUUCACUGUCCCGGCACCUCGGGCCACUGCUCCCGCGCUCGGCUCUCGCGGGGAAAGCUGUGCGGCGUUUCCCCUGCGGAGCUCAAGUCGUCUACGACAGGAAGGCCGUAGUCCAGUUGUACGUUUGGGUCUCACGACGGCCAUGGCUGUUGCUCGUGUCAGACGUGACGGGCCGUCCCCUCCAGUCUCACCCUGUUUCUCAGACUUUCGUCCCCACGAGAAAGUUUCUUUCGUUCCUUGAUGAAUGCCUGUACCGCUUCUUGCUGUUUCCUAAGACACACUAGGCCAUCAGACAAAAGUAGCGAUAUUUUCAGAAUGUUUCAGACGGGCCUCUGAGGAGCUAAGAAAUUAUUUCCAGAAAAGAUGGGACGGAGGCCCUCGUUCUGUGUGGGUUGUGUGGAGUGGCCGUUCUCCGGCCCGGCACGGUGUCGUCACCUGCUCUGCCGUCAGCCCCCGCCCCCUUGCUUCCGUCACUUUGGCUCCUGGUCUGGAUCCCCCAAGCACCCCAGAGCUGCCCAGCAGCAUGGGCACAGGGCGCCGACGGGCAUAUGGGCCGGAUGUUAAAAAGCAAAAUCAAAGGGAAGGUGUCCGUGUUUUUCUCCAGAAAUACUGGGAAGGGAGGGUGUAGCUUUCUAGGAGUUUCGGUUUAAUAGUCUGGAUUCUCCUAGGCCUGGCGAAAGGAGUUGUGUGUAACGUGCCUUUCCUCUUCCCACAGCAGAGAAUGGUGACGGUAUCCACAUAGUUUUGAAGUGAUGUCUUACUUAGUCUGAACUGUAUUCAGUACCAAAUAAAGUCACGCUUAAAAGUGUGUGAAGACUGAAUCCAAGAAGUCUUGGGAUUGGAUUUUACCGUAUGAAAUGUUUCAUAUUGAAAACACAAGAUGACCUUUCUAAUGAGCUGUAUGAGAGGCGAAUCUCCUCACUGUCACUGCCAUAGCCAAGCAUCCUCGUGAGAGUGAGCACGUCGGGACGGCACGCGUGCAGCUCCGGGGGCCACGCGCAGGCCUGGCUGCCUGCGUCUCUGGCAGAGGCCAGUAGGUACAGUUCUAGAAGCAGCCUUUGCUGGCUCUUUACACUGUAUGCGGUUUGGAAAUGAAUGUAAACACGUACCGUGGGCAUUUACCUUUCUGUGCCAGUUCGGCUUUUAUUGCCUGAACCUUAUGCCGACCCGGGGCGGGGGUGGGGGACAGUGCCGUCGUGGAACCAGCACGGAGUCUGUCUGCAGAGGCCACGUGCUGACACCGUGAUUGGUGGUCAGGUAAGAGUCUUGGCACCUUCUCGGAAGAAAUCACGUAAGGGUGUGUGUGACGGGAUCAUGCCAGAUCGGGGAAGACCCGAGCCAGGAAGGCGGGUGUGAAGCAAACUGCAUUAUCAAGAGUACCUUGGUGAGAGGAUCAGUGUAAAUCCUAAUAGGUACAAAGACUUUUGUGUUUCUGCUUCGUCACAGAUUUCUUGAAAAACCUUUUUGCUUCCGCUUCCAUUUUUAGCAUCUUGUUUCUGGUUUUUAUUUUUGAAGCCCCCAUGCCUUUUAAACUCAUGUGGCGUUCCUCCCUUUCCCUGUUUCCGACCACCCCGUCCCUCCUCGCUCUGAACCGUCCUGUCCUUAAGUGUUUUUAAAGCCCUACCCCAGACCGUGGAACCAGGUGCCCCGGGGAGAGGGAAGACUGUGGUAGUUUUCUGACUUGCCGUUGAGGGGUCUUUGUUAUCAAUGAGUUGAAAUUAUCGCGGCAAAGCAGAUGUCAUAAAUGAAACACUAAAUUGUGCCGUAAAAAUUGCCCACGCUUCUGAGAUAUUGAGCUCUAGUACAAUCAUGGUAAACGUUCUGGUGAUUAUUUAAGAGGCUUUUUGCCACGCCACAUGAUGGCCUCUUUUUCUUAAAAAGGGUGCGUCUUCCACAAAACCAAAUGCUUGUCUCUCAAAGGGAGUCCACGGCUUCUGCGAUUUUCUCCUCGUUCUCGCUUCCCUCCCCACACGCACCAGCAGGCGCCUGUGAAACCUGUGGUGGAGCAGACCGUGUUUUUAAACUUCGGCUCCCCUUUAAGCUAUAGCACCUCUGUCCACGUGCCCGGCUGUCUGGGUUCUGAACGUGUCGAUUCUUAUCUUUGUUCGGGCAGAAAUAGGAGUAAUUUGGACUCUGAAAUCCCUCCCAGAAGACAGACCACUUCAGUGGGUAAAAAGCUUUGACGGUUUGUGUUUUAUUCUUCAAGGGGAUUAAGACGCACGGUCUCUAAAUACUUUCAUCUUUAGUUUGAAAAUAUCUGUAACUCUGUAGACCCUGAAGCGGGGGAACGUUCCUUUCUGUCAUCUCCCUUUGCUUUUGUAUGAACACAUGUUUUCUGUACCAAUCACUUGGGAAAGAAGUGAGCAUAUCUCUUGUUUUUAGAGUUCUGCUUGUCUAUUUAGCAUUCCUUUUUGAGUCUCAAGAUAUACGGAACAAUAAAUGUCAUUUAAUGCUG